AUGCUCAAUCAUACGGUAGUUAUGCGUAAGUGUGAAUGUCUUCACGAGCCAAUCGAGGGCUAUGCGGGCAUCGCGAAUUUGGUAUGUUACCAUUUUUUUCUUGCCUCAUGUUGAGCUCAAUAAACUCUCAGCUCGCCUGGAUCCGAGCUCGAAAACACUAUUUAUUAAAUUCGACGAUUCCAGGUGCUCAUUGUCCUGCUGCUCCCGCUGAUAUCCUUCGUCGGAGUGGUCCUCAACUUUUUCAACAUUUUCAUAUUCUGUGAUCAGAAGAACACUGCCGCCAAGUAUUUGACAGCUCUCUCAUGCAGUGACGUAGGUCAGUCGGAGAUUAGCGAACGGAGAAAGGAAAUGAGUAAUGAGUACGCUCGCUUCUUCUCUCACAUUUACAAUCACCAGAUUAAAGUCAAUUUUUCCAGGAGUAUGCAUGGCGGGGAUCUUUGUCAUCUGCUCCGACUCUCUGCGAGCUCACUCAUUCGUCAUCGACCAGGCCUUCGUGUUCUUGCUGCCCAAAAUCAUCCCACUGGGCCUCUUUUUUCAGGUUGGUUUGGGUCGUCAUGUUUUUUUUGGUAGUUAGCAGUCCAUACACACUUUUGAAAUGCGCAAGAGUAAUGGCACCCUUGAUAACGGAAGUAGCACACGGGCCCCGCACCAAAAAAUGAUCGAUUAUGACAAUCCGUGCGGUUUUCCUUUGUUGCACGAGCGGCUACAUGAUUUUCACUGCUUUUCAAGGUUUUUUGCAAACUUUCGAAACACAAGUGGCCGAAGAUACUUGAGAAAAGGAUGCUGCUGGUAAUCCGGGGAGCUCCCAAAACGCAAAGAACAGAAUACAAACAUGAAAUAUUAAUGAGUCUGGAAAAAGUCACGUCUCUUUCUUUCAGAUGCUCAGUGUGUACAUAACAGUCCUUGCCGCAUUUGACUGUUUCUAUUCGGUUUAUCGGUAAGAGCAAUCGACUUUAUUUCCUAACUGCAAUAUUGUCAAUUCAGUGGUACGAAAUGUGAGCCCAAACGGAGCACAUGGGCUCCUCGCGUUCUUGCACUUGUCGUCAUUUCUGUCGCCGCCUACAACAUUGUUCAAUUUGGAGAUUUACAGGUGUUUUUUAAACAAAAAAUAUUUCGUUAUGAAUUAUGUUUAGGCGAUUGAAUGUCUCCACCCAGAAAACUACACACUGUUUGAGUUGUGCCCUACGGAAUUGAGGAUAAGUGAAACUUAUGUGAUCGUGUACAAGUAUGAACCAAACUUUUAUGACACUUAAACUGAUUUCAUUCACUUUCAGAGGGUAUCUUUAUGCACUUUCGAUGGCUUUUCUCCCAUUUGUCCUUCUCACAUUCCUCACCGUCUCCAUUAUCAUCAUGCUCCGUCGGAAAAACGAGGAGACGAUGGACAAAGGAGACAAAGAGGGUGGGUAAUAACCAGAACCACCCAGAAAUAGAAAAAAAAGUUUUUCUCUGAAAUUUGAUGCGAGUUUCCCUCAUUUUCAAUGCACGCAGUGCGUAAGACCAUUCGGAUUGUUAUUUCGUCUUCUCGCAAUUGCUCAUAGACUCGAUCUUAACUAAAUUAUGCAUCACCGUGCGUGAAUGAGUGUUUGUGCCUCGUGAACGAAAACAAAUCAUUGGGCCUUAGCUAAUAUCUAAUUAUUAUCGGUAUUGUUUUUGUAUGACCUCCUCUGCUCAAAUAGAACCCGUUUAUUCAUCUUUGAAAGUCUAGACCUUCUAAUUAAAUGAGCUGAACAUGAGCGCAAAGUCCACAUUUUUUGCAGACUGUGAAGACGGCGGAAACAACCCGGUCGUGCUGCUCCUCGUGGUCCUUCUUUUCCUUUGUUGCAAUUUGACAUCUCUUUUAGUGAAUGUCUUCGAAAUGCUCAAAUUGUGAGUCACUGAACGUAUUCUGGACUAUUCUAAAACUGAUGUUCCAGCAAAAUGACCUUCGAAGCUGAAGCGGUUCUCAUUGACAUUGGAAACUUUUUGGUGGUCAUAAAUGCGACCGCCAACUUCUUUGUCUACAUGGGUUCGUCCGAAGAGUUCCGAACCUCAUUCUACGACAGAAUGAAGCGUCUGUGGAGACCAAAAUCCACUCGUCUCCCACUUCUUCACGACCACCGAAUCCGACUCUUCAAUAGGAAUCCUAUUGCGAGUAGUCUCUAA